AUGCCACCACACCCCCUCCACCCGAGGUCGCGCAUGACCUCUUCGCUCUUUGCAACCACGGUUGUCGCAAGCUUCUUCGUAGUCGGCAUGCCGCAUCUGUUACCGUGCCCGGCACCGAGAGUCACAUACGCCGAUGGAGAGAUAGUGGUGGGCGAGGACGGUCGCCGAAGGAGGCGCCGCCGUCGCGAGGCAGCCCCCGAAAUCAACGACGGCGUCGUCAGCUUCAAUCAAAUGGGCGACGAGGAAACGAUACGAGCACGAGAGGAGCGAUUGAGGAGGGAGUGCCCAGUACCGAAACCUGGCGGCAUUUUGGGCGAGUGGUUGGGAUUCCACGGGCCGACCAAAGCAGAAGAUGGCAGAGCGGGAAGGUGA